CAGUUUAUAUAACAUACAUAAUAAUAAAGACUAGCAUUUUUAAUCUAUAAUGCAAUAUGGCAAAAUUUUUAAAAUUUCACCAUUAUAGGAGUGCGUCGCAAUGACAUCGUGCCACUCCCUAAAACACCUAGUAUCACUAUCAUCACCUGUCGUCCACUCCUCCUCAACAUCUUCUUUCUUGACUACCACACCACUAUCCUCACCUCCACCUGUAUCACCCUUUUCUGAAAAACUAUACUUUUUGAAAUUCUCACUGGCGAAGCACUUCGUCUCUCUCGGUAGGUACUCCCUAGUCACGUUAGGCACUACGUUCGCAUAUAGACCAUUAUCCAGCAUCUGGGGCUCCUCCUUGGGAGUAGACAAACUCCAGUUGCCGUUCAGGUUCGAUUGUGAUGCUUCAAGAUUGAUAUGCCCUCAAGAUUUCCCAUUUCUUGAAAGUAUGUACAAUGUUCUUAUAAUCAACUGUCAAUUUGUUAAAUCAAUAGUAUCCUCAUACAACUGGACAACAACAAAUCUACACCGCACAUCCAAAAAAGCAUAUAUAUCAGCUGGAGUUCUCCAAAUGGUCUAA